AUGCUACAAUUGCCUGACCUGCGCAUUUUUGACAACACCCAGCUCAUCCUUGGUGCUGCAGCUUGUCUUGGGGUAGUAGGAGUGAUCCUUAAGGCUUACCUUUCUAAGUCAGGGAGCCGUCUUCCUCUUCCACCUUCCCCUCCCACUCGGAGAUUUUGGGGGCACGACGUACCCAUUGAGAACCCAUGUCUUACUGUAGGAAAAUGGAUUGACGAGUACGGUCCUCUAGUCACCAUUCGCGUAGGACCUCAUAAAAUGGUCAUCAUCGGCCGUUACAAUGCCGCGGUGGAUAUCAUGGAGAAGCAUGGCAGCUCGCUAGCUGAUCGCCCUCGCCUCGUUGCUGCUGGAGACAUCCUUACUGGUGGGAUGUCUAUCAUAUUGACACAUGUCGGGAACAGGUUGCGUCGGAUGCGUAGAGUACUUCAUUCGCAUCUCCAGCCUAGAGCAGCUGCAGAAUAUCAGCCCCUGCAGAUGUUACACGCAAAAUCUACUGUCCUCAACAUUCUUAAAGAUCCAUUACAAUUUCCAGCAGCAUGCCGGAACGUAAGCGCUGCUCUAGAUUCGGGUUAUCAUGUCAUUAUGAAAGUUGCGUAUGGGAAGAACACGCCCACGGCUGCAAGCGAUCCCGAAAUCGAACAGAUUCGCGAGCACAUACAAUUCCUUGGUAGCCUCUUGCGCCGCCCUGGUUCUUACUGGGCAGACUUCAUACCGUGGCUUCAAUACAUUCCUUCGUACGGCCGAGAGUUGAAACAGAGGUUCAUGAGGAACAAGCAGCUUUACACCAGUCAGCUGAACCGCGUGAAGCAGCAAAUAAGCAAUGUGGACGCUGGCCCUUCGUUCGGAAGACAUAUGCUAGAAAAUGCUCAAGACCACGGUUUGCCAGAGAUGGAUAUGGCUUUUCUUGCUGGAUCUUUCUUCGCAGCUGGAUCUGAUACGACUACUUUGGCAAUAUGCACGGCGCUCAUGGCAGCCGCACGUUUCCCCGACGAGCAAGCUAAAGUACAGGCCGAGAUUGAUGCGGUUGUAGGAAGGGAGCGAGCACCGACCUUCACUGACUUUGAAUCCCUUCCUCAUCUGCAUGCCUUCGUCAUUGAGGCUUUAAGAUGGAGGCCGCUAAUUCCCAGUGGAGUGGCCCACCGAGCAACUGAGGAUGUGAUUUGGGGAGACUAUUGUAUUCCAGCUGGGACUAUUGUUUUUGGUAAUCAUUGGGACGAUAUCAAACAAUUCUUUACCUACGGGUUUGGUCGGCGUGUAUGCCCCGGUCAACAUAUUGCGAACAGAUCGGUGUUCAUAAACUUGCUCCUUAUUUUGUGGGCCUUUGAGCUGACUCUGAAUCCUAAAAAACCACUGGAUGACAUGGGGUUCAUGAGGGGAGAAUCCCAUCCGGGUAUUAUUGACUUUAAGGCGAAGUUUCCAGACGCAGAGAUUAAGCGCAUGCUGCGGGCUUCUUCUGAUGUCGCGGGAGAAGACAUCGACACCUAG